AUGAUUGGUUGGUGCCCAUUAGCAUUCUCUGUGGAUAUCAUUCAUAUGAAUAGUCAAUUCAUUCAUUGCUUUAUCAAACCUAGGAAUGGUGAUGGCUUUGAAUGUACAUUUGUUUAUGGGUUCAAUAACCCAAGUAGCAGGAAUGAAUUGUGGAGUGGAUUGAAGAAUAUUGCAGGGCAUAUGAAGUCUCCUUGGAUCCUAAUGGGGGAUUUCAAUGCUCUUAGUGAGGUUGAAGAUAGAGUUGGUUCAACUGUGAGGAAUUCAGAGGUGGCUCCUAUGAGAGAGUGCUUAUUGACCUGUGAGCUUGUGGAUGUGAAGGCUUCAGGAAGACAUUUCACUUGGAAUAAUAAACAGGAAGGAAAUGACAGGGUGUUUUCCAGAAUUGAUAGAGUUAUUGCCACUCAUGACUGGGUGGAUAAGUAUGAUAUGGCUGAAGCUUCUUUCUUACCUGAAGGUAAUUAUGACCAUACUCCUAUCCUGCUAUGCGUGUAUCCAGAUGAAGCACAGAAGAGACCUUUUAAGUUCCAUAACAUGUGGUGCAACCAUAAUUCACUAUUGACUACAGUGAGACAAGCAUGGGAAGGGAAUGUGCAGGGCAGUGCAAUGUAUAAAGUGUGUAUGAAACUGAAGAAAGUGAAGGCUGCAUUAAGAAACAUGAACAAGGAGGGGUUUGGUGAUGUGGAAGCUGCUGUGAUUAAAGCUCAACAUGAGCUGAAUAAGGCCCAAGACUUGCUUCAUAGGAACCCUGCUGACAGUGGCUAUGGGAAAAGUGAGAAGGAGGCCCUGUUAGCUUUGAAGAGGGCAAAGAAGAACCAAUUUGCCUUACUGCAACAACAAGCCAAAAUCAAUUGGCUCAAGUGUGGUGAUGAGAAUACUAGAGUCUUUUACCAAGCAAUUAAGCAAAGAAGGACCCAAAAUAAAAUUCAUGCCAUUAAUAGAAGUGAUGGCACAUGGGUGGACAACAAGAGGGAUGUAGAAGUAGCCUUUCUGGAGUACUAUGAAAACUUAUUUGCAAGAAAAGAGCAAAGGCAGCAGGUUCUAGAGACCCUUAUUGACAAAGGGAACAAAAUGACAACAAGCCAUGUCCAGAUUCUUAACAGAGAGUUUACAAAAGAUGAUGUAAAGAGGAUUAUUUUUAGUAUUCCUGAUGAGAAGGCCCCAGGGGCAGAUGGUUUUAAUAGUAAAUUCUUUAAACACUGCUGGGAGAUUGUAGGAGAUGACAUUACAGAAGAUGUCCUUGAUUUCUUUAGUACAGGCCAAUUACUAAAGGUAAUCAAUGUGACAACCCUCACUAUGAUCCCAAAGGACCUUGUGAAGCUUUAUAACAGGAAGACUACUAGGGCUAGUUGUAUGAUGAAACUGGAUUUAAAGAAAGCAUAUGACACAAUAAGCUGGGACUUUAUCAGACAAAUGCUUACUGGAGUGGGAUUCCCUAGUGUUUUUGUGGACAAAAUCAUGCUUUGCAUUACUACUCCUAUGUUUUCAAUCAUGAUUAAUAGGUCCAUUUACACACUGCUCCAAGGUGUUCAGAUGUUCUCUAAUGCAUCUGGGUUAGAGGUGAACAAGAACAAAUCUGAAGUGUAUUAUGCUGGGAUGGAUGAUUAUGAGAUUCAAAGGGUAAAAGCUGUUAGUGGUUUUUCUACUGGCUCUCUUCCAUUUAAAUACUUAGGGGUAACAAUUUCCCCCCUCAAAAUGAAACAGAGAGAUUGUGUGGAGUUGAUCAGCAAAAUGGUGGGGAGAAUUCGUGUGUGGAGCUCAAGGAAUCUCUCUUUUGCAGCUCGCAGCCAACUUGUGAAGAGUGUCCUAAUGAGUAUUCAUGUUUAUUGGGGGCAGUUAUUCUUAUUUCCUAAGAGUAUGUUACGAGAGAUCAAUAGUAUUUGUAGAAACUUCCUAUUGUCUGGUUCAUACAACAAUAGCAAACCAGUAGCUGUGGGAUGGGAGGAUCUUUGCAAGGAGAAGAAAGCUGGAGGGUUAGGCUUUAGAGACAUCCAUAUAUGGAAUUUGAUUGCUGUGAGUAAGUUGGCUUGGUGGGUGGCACAAAAGAAGGACAAUUUGUGGGUCAAAUGGGUGAGCACUGUUUAUAUUAAAGAGGCAGCUUGGGAUUCAUAUGAGGCUCCUAUUACAACUAGCUGGGCUUGGAAGCACAUCUGUAGAGCUAAAAAUGAUCUUCAUGAGAAACUGGGGGUAGUCAGUGGCUGA